AUUUGGAAAAGAGGUUUCACGUUCAAGUUCUCCGCCAUCUUGGGUUUUGUUGCUUUCAGAAGUUGCUAGCUAAGAAAGAUGGAGUACAUAUCUCUUAAGCCAGAUAGAAAACUUUUAAAUGCAAAAUUUGAAAGUUACCAUCUAGGAACGGUGAACCUUGAGCUUCGAAGUCGGAAUCUAUUGCAACCAGUCGCCCAUGACCCAUUGAGUGAAGAUCACUACUCUUUUUCACAUUUGAGAGCCCACGCGGAGCAGAAUUUAUUGGUUCUAGAUCUGUGGAAUAAGCAAGAAGAUGUUUUAUAUUUCGUUGACAGCACAUAUGCCGUAAUGGGUGUCUCUUUUGAUAAGUCCAGUGGUACAUAUGGAUCACCUGUCACAAUGUGUAAAUUUUCAGUUCCACCAGAAGAAAAAAUCAAUGAGCACAUUUCCCCAUCAGCAUCUUUCCCAUCACCAACAGUCUGCUUCUUCUCCGAUGGAACAGGGAAACUUUUCUUUGCAAAAACAGGCAACCGCUCCAUUCAAUUAGAGAAACAAAACUGGCAAAGCAAAGAAGCUGCACUCAUUAAAGAUUUUGGUUUUCCAUUCUACCUACGCCAGUGUUGCCAACAGGAUGAUGACAAUAUAUAUUGUCUGCUUCUAAGUUUGGAGGAUGAAAAAAUGUCCUCUUCAAGUCAUCCACAAAUAUUCCUACAUUUAGUGCACCUUAUUCAUAGCAAAAAUGGCUCAAACUCUGCAGGAGAUGAGUUUAUUGUUAAUGAUACCAAAGUUCUGUCUGGAACAUCUAUCCCUGUUUAUUCAACUUACAGUCCUGAUUUUAGCAGUCUUAUUAUUGCAAGUCAGAAGCCUUUUACCUUUGGCAAUAAGGAAAGUUCAGAGCAAGAGGAAGAAAAGAAUGGCGGCGCAACAGUCCCAGCAAAUGAUGAAGAAAAGGUAGCAGAACCUGAUACUGUUUCUGACCCACUUGUACCACCAACUACAUAUACAAAUGAGCAGAUGGAAGAAUGCGAUAUCGAAAAUGAAGAGGACUUAAAGCUUGUUGUGAUUGACCGAAAAGAUGAAAGUACCAAGCUAGAGACUCAAGUCGCUGGUCACCAAUGGCUCUUUAAUCGUCAGUUUGACCCCAAUGAACCAGCCAGCUUCUGCGUCCGCCAUGAUGUUGACGGCCUUCUGUGGAAACCAAUACAAUCGGAAACGAAGGCCAAAGUAACUUGGAAGCAUAUGACGACAUUCAACGCUUUGGGUUACAUCCAAGCCUCAAAGAAGAAUCAUAAAUAUACCAUAUGUGGCUCUGAUUACAAAUUCGUUGCUAUUGUUGACUGUGUAUCAAAUAUAUACAUCUACGUCACAAGUGAGAUUGCAUCGAACGAUGGGUGUCAGUAUGUAAUCGAGCUGCCGACAACUGAAGAGAUCCUAGGCGUACAGGCCUCCGACAGAACGCUGUUUCUCUUGACAAAAAGAUCCCUCUUUGCAGUGAACGUAUUAUGAGAUACUGCAAUUUGUAAACUGACCGUUUAACAUCCAUCGCACUGUUUAAAACACUUACACACUAAACGCAUUGGAUAGCAUACACUUUGUAAGCCUUCGUAAAAUGAUUUUAACGUCAAUCCGAAUUUUCUUUAUUUCCAUUUCCACCUAGCCUUCAAGUUAUUGCAUCAUUUUUCAUCCAAUUUGCGUAAUAUUUAGGCCUACUCUUCCUCAAUCAUUUUCCUAUAUAGUAAAAAGUUUAACUUUCAAUCUUUGAAAUUUUAAUCAAUAUUACUUUGAGUUUAAAUUAAGGUUGCUAUAUUCUAAGAAAAGUGACAUGUUUCGAGGAAAAAAUAGAGGUAAAGGCUGUUUCUUGGCCGAUAAGUAAAGGAUAUUUUGGAUCUUCCAUAUCCGAUAGUAGGAUAUCCAGACCACGCAUUUUUCAACGGUUGGGUUGUAAGCUAGGGCGGAAUUCGUAUAUUUACCUCAAUUUCUAAUUCCUUGAUAUGGUUUUAUAACACUUUCCUUGCAAACAUGUCUGUACACUGAGCUAGACGAGUGGCAACCAUCAACCACCCCCACCCCUUCCCGCUCAGCUGACUGCCAGGAUUGUGGGCAAGUUAAGAAUGAAUGAAUGCGCAUUUCUUGUUGAAAAAAGGUCAGCCACGACGGUCCCAUAUCAGCCCAUGUCGUUCGAUUCUUCGUAUGCUUGCCUACGUUAAGUAAACUGUUAGCAUAACUUUUUUAACCACUGACUGGGGCGUUCCUUCCUUGCAAAUGUUUUGACGAUCCAACCUAUUGUUCCUAUUUAAUCUUUUCGUGUGCUAUUUGCGUCAAUGGUGGCUCUGAUUUAUUGACACUGGCAGCUUUUAUUGUUCGGAUAAAACACACCCCGAUUGAGUUUACUUUUAAAGCAUAGAGAUUAUCGAUGUUAGCAAUCGGCAGAAAGUCUACAGAGCCUGGGAUAAUUGUUAAAAAUAAGUCUAGUCUAUAGCAAAAUAUCUAUUUCUUAAAUUACAUCGGCGGAGACUAAGUGCUCUUUUCGACCAUUCCCCUCACCCAAAAGACAAUUUUUAGCUUUGUCAUACGUUAACUCUUUUGGAAAACAGAAAAUACUAGGUAAAAAUAAAUAUUUAAUAAGUUUGUAAGUUGCUUUUGCAACUCGACCUCCCUCCACUU